UCAUUUUUUUUUUAAAAUGUUUCUAAAAUUCUUAACUCUAUACUCAUUAUGCAUUUUGGUCGUUUUUUGUUUCCGCCUUUGUCUUUUGACCUUUUUUAUUUCAGCAUUUUCAAUUAAGUGUUUGACUAACUUGAAAGUUCAUACUUGAAUAAAUUCAAACUGAUCUGUUUGUUUUUAUUUUCUUGCUUCAUAGUUUGAAAGUUCAAACUGAUAUUAAUCCUUUAUCUCUCCCUAGUUCAUUAUUUUGUCAGAAGAUUCUUACCUAGACUUGGUUCAUGUAAAUUUGAUAAACACAACCAUUCAAAUGCUUAAAAAUGUGAAGUGAGAGAAAAAUAUAUUAAAUUUUCAAAGAUAAAAAAAAUGAAAAAUAGAAUAGAAAUAGAAAUUAGGUUAAAUUUGACAUUUUUAAAAGGUUCGAGUGAUUAAGUCUUUAUUUUUUCUCCAUUUUUUAUCAGUUGGUACUCAGCCUAAUCUAAUGCAGGAUGGAGAUUUCUUAAUUUAAUGGCUUCUAACAAAAGUAAACCUUUGUCUUGGUCUUCUUCUUAUUAGUGUUUUAAAUUAAAGUCUUAUUCUGCAACUUGCACUUCAGUAAUUUGCAUUAGCUGUUGAGAUCAUGACUACUAAACAAUUUAGCCCACUAGUCUCAGGUACUGAUCAAAAUCUUUAUUUUUUUACAUUUUGGUGAUCAAACUUUUAUUUGUUUGAUAUUGUUUAUUAGAGUUUAAACUUCAAAUGAGGCUUUUCCGGCCAAAAUACAUAGGUGGUGGCUGUAUUUUUUCAUGUGAUAAUCAGAUUUUGCAAUUUUUCCUUAAAAACUUGUCAUGUAUGUAUAUUUUUAUUUUAUAUUGAAAUUUUUUAGGUUAAAUUAUGUAAACAUGGGAAGUUUUAAGAUAUAAAAAAAUAAAAUUCGGCUGACGCGUAUGUAUUUUUUUCCGGAUAAAACAACUUAGUCCACUAGUCUACUGUGCAACUUUCUUAUCCUCGAGAAUUGGUAAAAAUGGCAGAAAUAGAUGUUUAAUUUACAUGUUUUAUUUUUUUAUUUUUUCUGUCUAUUUCCUGGAAUAGUCAAAGAGAGUGGCCACCUUUUUCUUAUUCUUAAGAGCUAUAUGAUGAAAUAAAAAACUAAAAUGAUGAUGAUAUUAAAAAGAUGUAAGUUAAAAUUUAUGCACCAUUUAUUCUUCACUAAUCUUUUGUUAUCAUAGAGAGAAAUAAAUGGCAGAAAUUGCUGUUACUGGGACUCUACUUCUGGCUGAAACUCUGUUAACCUUUCUCAACCAAAAAGGUGGCCAUGAAAAUGUGCAUGUUCAAGUUAAAAAGCUUGCAACAUGGCUGGGGUUGAUGGAAUCAUAUAUAAGAGAUGAACAAGAAAACGAAACUCGAGAAGUUGCCCAAGAUCUCGUGAAGCAAGCUCGAGAUGUGGCAUAUGAUAUCGAAGAUAUUCUCGACGAGUACAUGCUUCUCGUGUCACAUGAAUUCCAUAGCCAUGAGAUUACAGCUUAUGCAUCAAAGAUAAUUCAUUAUCCAGGAGACACCAUAGCUCUCAGGAACCUGUCUGCCAGUAUCAAAAUUGUUGAGAGCAAAAUCGAUCAGCUUUCGCAAGGACAGACAUAUCAACGUGCCUGUAAUAGUACUCCUGCUGCGGCCGCAGAAGCAGGUUCCAGCUCUGGCUUGAGUCAGGAAGGUUUUGCAAAUCUUGUAGGAGAUGAAAUUGUGGGUUAUGAGAAGCAAAGAAGACUACUUCUUGAUCUCGUAACAGGGCAAGAUACGAGGCGUGUUAUAAUUCCAGUGGUUGGUCCCGGCGGCUCUGGUAAAUCUAUGCUUGUAAAAAAUAUGUAUGGCAGUGAAAAAGUUCAACAGCUGUUUGAUUGUCUUGCUUGGGUUCAUGUAGCUCAACCCUUUAGGCUUGAUGAUGUGUUGCAGAAAAUUCUGCAGCAGUUGUGUCAAAGAAUUAGCCUCAAUGAGCUGAAUCACAGAAAGUAUCUAGUAGUUCUUGAUGACAUAUGGAGGCAAGAUGAUUUGGAAAAGAUUAUCUACGCUUUACCUUACGGUAUCGAUGGGUGCAGGAUAAUUUUUACUAGCCAGAUUACGGCUUCUUGUGGUCGGUCAUCCAAUCACGUCGUUGAAUUGAAUGGAUUGCCAACAACGGAUGCUUUCAACCUUUUCUGUAAGAAGGCUUUUGUAACUGGGAAAUGUCCUGACGAGCUUAUAGAAUUGUCUCAGAAUAUUGUGGCAAGAUGUGAAGGCCCGCCCCUUGCAAUUGCAGCUCUGGGUAGUUUAUUGUCAAGGAAGAAUCAAACUCAAAUCGAGUGGAUGAAAUUACACGAAAGCCUUUCAUCCGAAAUUAUAUCUAACUCUCAACUCGUGGUUAUAAGCAAAUCCUUAAUGCGGAGCUUCAGACAUCUUUCGAGCACUAUCAAGAGUUGUUUCUUGUACUUCAGUAUUUUUCCUGAGGAUUACUCCGUCAAGCGAGGAAGGCUAAUUCGCGCAUGGGUUGCAGAAGGAUUUGUCAAGAAAACACCAAGCAGGACAGCAGAAGAGGUUGCAGAGGAUUGCUUGAAUGAGCUUGUCGAAAGGAAUCUGAUUUCUAUCAGCCUAUGGGAGAUUGAUGGACGGGUCAGAAGCUGUAGAAUUCUGAAUCUUGUUCGCGGGUUUAUCAUUUCAAAGGCUGAGGAGUACAACUUUGCCAAAUUCUUAUGCCAAUCAGAUCCAGUUCGUCCUGGCGAAAAAAUCCGACGCCUGUCUGUUCAUCAGGAUGCUAGCGCCACCUUUGCAUUGAGCAGAAAUUUGCUUCAUGUCCGAACUUCAUUUCUGUUUAAGCAUAGAGACAUCACUCUCUCCAAAAUAAAACAGAUUCUUGAUAAAUUCAGAUUGUUAAGAGUUCUAGACUUGGAAAAUGCACCUUUGGAAGAAUUUCCUGAUGAAAUCGUUACUCUCAGACUAUUAAGAUACUUAAGCCUGAGGAAUACAAAUAUUAGGCAAAUCCCGAAGUCCAUAAAGAAGCUUGUAUUUCUGGAAACCUUAGAUCUAAAGCAAACUCUUGUAACCAUUUUACCGUUAGAGAUCCUUAAACUUCGAAACCUGCAUAAUCUUUUAGCAUAUCGUUAUAAUGUAAAGAAUUACGUCACCUAUGAAAGCGUGCAAGGAGUGGAGUUCCCUCAAGGAAUUGGAAAACUAUGUGCUCUGCAGAAGCUGUCGUUGGUGAAAAUCAAUCCACAUUUUGAAACUAUUCAAAGCUUGGGAAAUCUGAUCCAAUUAAGGAAGCUUGGUCUUACGGGUCUAAGGCGAGAAGAUGGAAAGCAAUUGUGUGCAUCGAUUCUGAAAAUGGAGAAACUGUCAACUCUGGAUUUGAGAUCAAGAACGGAAGAGGAGUAUCUUGAUGUCGACUAUAUGCAGUAUCCACCUUCCUGUCUGCAGCGACUCUAUCUCAAAGGUCGCUUACAGAAAUUGCCGGGAUGGAUUCCCAGGCUUCAUAGUGUUGUCAGAAUAGGCUUGAAUUGGUCAAAAUUGAAUGCGAAUGAAAAUCCUGUCAACGCCCUCCAAGCUUUGUCGUGUCUGGCAGAGCUUCGUCUGGUUGACUGCUAUAAUGGCGACAAGUUCGAAUUCAAAGCGAAUAUGUUUGGGAAACUAAAGGUUUUACAUAUUGAGCAGUUUGAUGAGCUAAACAUGAUUGUAGUAGAAAAAAAAGCAAUGCCUAUGCUUGAAAAGCUGACAAUUGGCAGGUGCAACAAACUGAAGAUGCUUCCAUUAGGAAUCUCCAAUCUUUCUCACCUUCAAGAGCUGCUUCUGUAUGGUAUGCAUACCGAGUUCAUCGCCAAACUUCAAAAGCACGCCGAAGAUCGUCGGAUGGUUAACCAUGUCAAAAUCAUCCAUUCUUUCACUCUUCAAACUAACCAUGAAUAUUGGACACUCCAAAACCUAUCUUGAGCUCAAAGAACUUUACUAUCAACACGCUGGAAUCAGAAAUCGCGAAACAAUAUAUAGUUUUUAGCUUUUUUUAUUAAGAUUCAAAAUUGUAGUAUUUGUUUAUGUUCCGCCACAUUUGUAACACAAUAACAUUUUUGCCAAAUUAAGAUUUUUAAGCCAAAA